AUGGUCUGUGCAGCGCCUGAAGCGUCAAACAACUCUUUAAAACAUAUUGAAUGGAUGUGGCAGUCAAAUCUAGAUCCAUGGUCAACAUAUGAACCAGCCAAAUGGAGUCAUUAUUCAGAUAUAGAAAAUUUAAUCAUUGAAAGAGCAUUCGCAAACAAUAAACCAAGAGCAAUUUUGGAUAAUUAUCACAUCGAUUUCAAGGAUAAUCUGCAAAUUUCCUACGUUGAUAAUAACAAGCAACGACCUGUAAAACGAGUGGUGCGCCAACGAGAAGACAAGCAUCUACGAGAAGAACGUUUUAUGGAUCUUCCUGCUGCUUCGAAAGGUUCAUUCGGCGGUGAAUAUGGUUGGGUGUCGCCAUUUGUAAUUGAAGUCAGAAGAGAUUUGGGCCUUAAACCAGAUGAAUUGCCUUCUAAAAGGCCAGAUAUAAUCCCAAAGCUUGUCGAGAAGGCUGCUCGUGGUAUUAUUGCAGAAGGCAAGCUUAUUGAAAAACGAUAUGAAGCCGAGGAAUUGGCUAAUAUGCUUAGAGAACAAAAGAAUAAGGGGGUGGUAGAAGUAUGGAAAUGCUGCGCUUACCUUUACUCUUUGGAAAGUUUUCUGUACAAAACCUUGAACGCAGCCAUGAGAUUAGUAGGCAGCAAAGAGGAUGAAAAAGUCUGGCGAAGUAAAAUCCGUACAUUAGGACCUUUUUGUUUAUUGCUUUGGGAUGAUCCUUACAAUAAAAAAAUGAAAACUAAAAUUAUGCUUUAUCGUGGAGCCCAACUGACCGACGACCAGAUCACUACUUAUAAAGAAAUGGUCAAGCAUUCGGACGAAUAUCGAUCAUUUCAAGCGUUUACAUCGUGUAGCCGCAAUCGUCAAAAAGCAGAACAAUUCGGAAAUGCUUUAUUCAUUAUGGAAGUAUUGUUUGCUUUUACCGCUGAUCUUCAAGGAUUAUCUGAAUAUCCUGAUGAAGAAGAGGAACUUGUUACACCAGGUGUUUGUUUCCGUGUUGAACGCAUUGAAUUCGAUCACGAGACGAAGAAACAUUUGAUCUACUUACAACUAAGACAACGACUUUCUGGUAAGUCUCAAGAAGUCUUUGUCAUGGUUUCUACAGCAUGA